GCGAACUGUUUAUGACAAAUUUUGUCGCAAAAACUUUAUUUUAUGCUACUUCUGUAUAAAAUGGCGUCCAGUGUAGACACUGAAACAAAAGAAAAACAACUAAUCGUCCUUUCUUUACCUGAUGAUAAAUAUUACCGUAAAAGUUUAGAAGAUAUCGAAUGUUUUAUUCGUGACAUGAGCGAGAAAACCGCAGAGCUUGAUGAUUUUUUGGUCGUAUAUUCAACUGCCUUGAAAAAAAGAUACAAAAACCGCUCUACCUCUCCGUUGGGGUUGAAUACAAAACGCUUCAUUGUAGAAGAAUCAUUGGAUCUAUGGAUGCGUGACUUCAGCCCAGUUUUGCCAAAACAUCAAGUGAAAUUUAGCUACAAGCCUAAAUAUUUAAAGUCAAAAGAUGCGAAAUUUGUCGAAUCCGAGUUUAUGAAAGUUUUGGGGAAAAUGGAUGUUCAGUUCAAGCGUAGUGAACUUAUCUUAGAUGGGGGAAAUGUUGUAGACAAUAAUAGUAAUAAGGUUAUAAUUUCAGAGAGAAUUUUUCUUGAAAAUAAAGGGAAGACACCACAAGUUUUGCAAAAUGAAUUGGGGAAUUUAUUAUCUGCGAAGGUUGCGUUUAUUCCAGACCCCGAGGAUACGACAGGGCAUGCCGAUGGUAUAGUGGCAUUCCUUGAAGAUGAUGUAUUGUUGAUUGGGGACUAUGGGGACAAGGAAUAUUAUGAAGUUGUAGAAGUCGCUGUGAAAUCUGUGUUUCCCGAAGUGGAAACAUUUAGGUUGCCUUGCGGAAAGCAAGAUAACAGUUUAGGUACUAGAAAAAACUCCACCUUGUAACUUCUUUCAAUAGCAGCAAUCCAUUCCAAAAAGUAGGGGAGAUGGAGCUGUAAAAGUCUGAAAAGUGUCCUUGAAAGUGUCCUCUGAGGGGGACAUGUUCUUGCCAUCCCCACAGGAUUUACAUUUUUGACUUGUUUAUGCCAGAAAAAGAGGCCCCAGGCUUAGGAGGGGUGGAGGAUGAGAGAAGAGUGCUUCUGGUUUGAAACACAGAGCACUGACUGGCAUGCCCAUACUACCUCUAGACAAUUUAAAACUGAUAGAGCUAUCCAGUAUAAAUAAAGUAAGUUUAGUUUUGGUGUCCUUCAAUAAUAAUAUGUACGCCAAUGGGAGAUUGCCCUUACUGAAAUUGCACGAAGGACAGUUUAGAAGUUUGGUUGAGCAAUGCUAAUAAGAAUAGAUAAGUAACUUUUGAUUAGUUUUGGUUUUGUGCUACAGGUAGUUAGUAAUACUGAGCAAUCUAGAAGAGCUACACAAAUAAACUUAUUGUAGUUUACUAUUGUUUUCAUUCUAUAGUUGAUAAAAAGUGGAAAGGAUUUACAACAGCAGUGGGUAGUUAUGCUAAUAUGUUGGUUACAAACAAUGCAGUCUAUGUUCCACAGUACAAUCAGCCAUCCUAUGACACACAAGCAAUUGAGGUUACCAAGUCCCAUACCAGUAAAAAAGUUGUGCCUGUGGAUAUGUCGAAGUUGUCUCACAUGGGCGGUAGUGUGAGAUGCAUGUCUUGGCAAAUAGAAUCUUCCCAUCCAAUCGCUCAAGCUUUAAACAAAAAUUCUACAGUUUAAAAAUAAUGUGAGGGUACAUGAAAUGUUUAACUCAUUCUGGACCAUUACGACCAUGUGAAUAAUUUAUAAAUGUUGAAACUGCUGACGUCCAGAUAAAUGUUCUUUACUCAGGUUGACGCUGUCGUCGUCGUGGUUCUUUUCACAUGUUUUAAGGAGAGAUUGUUUUUACAUAAUAUGCUUUCUUAUGCCAGUAAAAACACUCAAAACUAACUAUGAGUAUAAUAUGCUGCUAGUGGUUACGACAACAUUCAAAACGUUUAUUAAUUUGAUAUGCGUUUGUCAAUCAGUAAACAAACGUAAAAAGUAUGUUAAGUGCUUUAUCUGUAAAAUAAAAUACUAAAACUAAGGCACCAAGCAAGGAAUUUUAGAUGGUAUGCCAAAAAGAAAAUGAUGCCAGACUGAAUUUCUGUAAAUAUUGUUUACAUUGCAACUGUAAAUAUGAGUCAGUUUUCGAGCAUCAUUGACUGAUAUGAUAACUGGGA